AUGGCAAUCCCUACUACCACUGAUACUGACAACAGUGACAAUGAGAGCGAAAGCAGCGGCAGUUCUGUACUCGGCCUUGGAGGAGUGGAUUUUUCUGGGGUGGAUUUUGACUCGGCUACAGAUGAUGGAAUGACGGGUAGCGAGAAAUUGUCCAUGGAAAUGGAACAAAAAGCUGCUUUUGGUGACUAUCAGCCAGUGGAAGGCGCUCAGACUGAUGAUUUGUUGAGUGGAGUGAUGGAACUGGGUCGGUGCUUGGAUACCGGGAGUUACAUUCAAGCUCUGCAGGGGAGCAUUGCAAAGAGGUAUUUUGGUACUACACCUAAGCAAGAUGAGAAGGAGGACUCCACUACCAAUGCAGAAGAAAAGCCCAAGUUCUCGUCAUUUGGAUCAUUCCCAUCUAUGAUCGGCGAGGAUGUGAUUCUUUCCAAAGUACAAAACUUGGUCGACUGCGUGGAACUGGAGUUUUUGGCCAUUGCUGCUUUCAACCUCUUUCUACAGCUCAACUACACGGGACCCUCACUGCUGCAACAAGACAAGCCAAUUCAAGAGGCACAUCAACAAGAUGAAGAUCCCUUGAGAGACAUCAACCCCCAUCCAUGCUUUCUAGAGUAUUUCCAGCAAUGUGCCGAUACUAAAGACGAGGCAAAAUCACAAAAAGAAGACGACAACAACAACCAAACAACUACAGUCAAUACAAGCAUCACCACAUCUUCCCACACUCAAACCAAGUAUCACAACGCUGUCUUGGCGGAGCUUUCUGUGGAAGGAGAAUGGCCUUGUCAGGUUUGUCACGCUCCCUAUUUGCUGCUGCUUGCAAGAUCCAUUCUUUCUGCACUUUCCUCGGCGGGUACAAAUAGUCAACAACGAUGGUUCGGGCCCCCUACAUCCAUAGAAUCAGUGAGAUCCCUGUCCAAACACCUUGCAGGGCUACAUCUGUGGAGUGCACGUGUUGCUGUCGCUCAUGGACGACUUUUUCAAACCAGUGAGCCUCCUGCAACCUUGUGGCAAGAAGUGCACGAUACCUUUCAAGUUUGCAUGGAACGGCAAGAUGAUAAUGACGAAAACUCCAAGCACACGACUGCCGCCACGGUCAUGUUGGAAUACGGAUUGGCAGAACAUCAUUUCCAACAACCUGGAAUGGGAAAGGCGUCCUUUCAGAAAGCCAAACAGCUCUACGGAUUGCAAGUCAAGCUUACGGGAGCCUCUGGAAAACGGACCAAGUUUCAAACCAAGAAUACCGCCCAAUUGCUGGUCGAAGCAACUUCUUCCUCGGCCAAUGCGGCGGAAACUGACAAGAACGACGACCCUAGCAACAACACAAAUGUUCGCGAACAAAUGAUUGAACAUUCGGAAGAAGAAGUGCUUCUGGAACGCAUCCAAUUUGAAGAUAACACCAAGAACCAAAUUCGACAACUCACCAUUCUCGAUCGAGCCAUUCUGUUGGGGCUCUGCUUGGAUGUCAAGAAUAGCAAUCCGACGGGCGAUGAGCUGACGGGCGAAGAAAUGAGUGCCUACCUGGCCACUGUGUUGGAUCAUCACGACGAUUGGAUGGUCUACUCGACGGCGUUGUUGGAACGGGCAUGGUUGGAAUUCGAGCGAUCACAUGGACGGGAACGUGCCAUUUUGCAAAUUCAGGCUUUGGCCGAUCAACAUACGAAUCGACUGACGCUCACACAAUCCACAAAGAAGAGCAUUGAGGAAUCGGCGCCCGUUCAGGAUCGGUUGCGCCAUUUGCACGAGAUUGUGUACCCGCCCCGGUGGGGCAUGAUCCAGGAUUUGGGCGAUCGCUACGCCAGUUUGGGAAUAUUCAUGAGCGCGGCAGAGCUGUACACCCAAAUCGAACUGUGGGAUGAAGUGGUGGAAUGCUAUCGACGAUCAGGCAGGGAAGAAAAGGCCAAGGAACUCGUCAGAGAACGAUUGAGCAUUCAAGAAACGCCACGCAUGUGGGCUGCACUGGGUGACUUGACGCAAGACCCGCAGUAUUGGGAAAAGGCAAUCGAGUUGUCGCGUGGGCGGUUCUAUUCAGCGUUUAUUGCGUUGGGUGCGUAUGCCUUUGACACAGAACAUGAUAUGGCCAAAGCGUCCGAGUAUUACAAAAAGGCGCUCGAAAUUCGACCCGUGGCACCGGCGAUUUGGUUCCGCCUUGGAACCAUCAGCAUGCGAACGGCACAAUGGGAGGAUGCGCUGCGGGCCUUUAGUCGAGUAGUGCAACUAGAACCAGAAGAGCACGAAGCCUGGGCCAAUGUGGCUGCCGUCCAUAUCCGAAACAAGAAUCCAGCAGAAGCCUACCCGGCAUUGCAAGAGUCAUUGAAACACUUUCGCAACAAUUGGCGCGUCUGGAGUAGCAAGCUGUACGUUUGUCUAGACCUGAAAAAGUAUGAUGAAGCCGUUCAGGCUUGCAAUUCGAUUCUGGAUUUGAAGAACCAGAGGCAGGCUGCAGAGGGCAUCCCUCCAUUGGAGGAGAAGUGCAUCCGUGCCAUUGUGGGUGGACUCAUCCGAAACUACCAGAAUGCGCAGCAGGAUAGCCAGAAUAACCCGGGAGGGCUGGAUGUGGCGCGAAGAAGCCUAUCGCGUGUUCAUGCCCUGCUGGACCGACUGCAAUCCACCAGCGACCCUGAACCCUGGCUGUUUGAAACAGUGGCUUAUUUUCAUGAUCAGAUUGGCAAUGGCAAUGCCAGUCAGGAGGUGAUUGACAACCUGAUGAAAGAGUAUCGUGUCUUGCAAACUGUUCCCGGAUGGGAAAAGGAUGACCACCAGGUGAAAAAGGUGUGUCAGGUGGUGAACCAAAUUACACAACUGCAACGUCGUCAAGGCAGCAAAGAAAGCUUGACCAAGAGCAAGUUUUUGGUGCGCGGUGUCAUUCAAAAGGUUAGCAAGUCGAGAAUGGACGCAACCAAGAUUCCUGAGGAUAUUGGGCGCAUGGAGUCUUUGCUGGGUGAGCUGGAAGAGGAUAUUCAAAAGCUAAAAUAGAUCGCUCCUUCUAGAC